UGUCAUUUUCCCGGUAGAUUUUUCGAUUAGGUUUUUAUUGUGCAAAAAAAUUUACAUCGACUGCAUGUUGUCGGUUUUGGGCAGAAGAAACAUACCGUGCGUGGCGUAUUUCCUGGUGUUGACGGCGACUAAUAGUGCGCGCACCAUGGCGUGGCGGUCCAGCGGCCAGAGCAAUGACGAACUGGUGUCGAAUCUCAAGAAGAAUGGGGUCAUUCGGUCGGAGGUGGUCGAGCGGGCCAUGCGGGACGUGGACAGGAAACACUACAGUGCUGUGAACCCUUACAACGACUCGCCCCAGAGCAUUGGUUACAACGUGACGAUCUCUGCGCCUCACAUGCAUGUAGCUGCCAUGGAAGCUCUGAAGGAUCAUCUCAAGGAAGGAAUGAAGGCGUUGGACGUCGGCUGCGGUUCGGGAUAUCUCGUGUCCUGCUUUGCCAAAAUGGUGGGAGAAACUGGACUAGCUGUUGGGAUCGACCAUCUUCCGGAACUCGUGGCCAUGUCCAAGAGAAACAUCGAGAAAGGAAAUCCGGAUUUGCUCCGGGGGAAUCGAAUCAAACUCAUUGUGGGUGAUGGAAGGAAGGGCUGGGCAGAAGAUGCUCCUUAUGACGCCAUCCACGUCGGAGCUGCGGCGGAAUAUCUUCACCAGGAACUGGUGGAUCAAUUGAAACCCGGAGGAAGGUUGAUCAUCCCUGUGGGAGACAAUCGUUUCGGGCAGAACCUGGAGCAAGUGGACAAAGCACUGGACGGGAGUGUGAAAAGGAAGAAUUUGAUGGGGGUGAUGUUUGUGCCGCUGACGGAUGCAGAUGCUCAAUGGAGUCGUACGAAGUGCGAUGUUUAAAUCUCUAUAAUGAAAAUACAUUGCAUUUGGUGGUGUUCGAAGCGUGAAUGAGCUAGUAGCUUGUCCAUUGCUGGAAUUUUAUCUUCCGUUUAUGGUGAAUAACGGGCUCUUGACCCUUUUUUGUGUUUCGGAAUUUUUUGUGAUGUGAAAUUAAAUGCAGAAGCAAUUGCAAGGCUAUUAAAAGCAACUUGGAUCUUCA